UCGCCGUUGAUUGAACCCGUCAGCGGAUCAGCUGAUCGCCUCGCUUACGUGGGUGAAUCAGCUGUGCGAGACCAUGGAGGAGCUCCAUUCCUAAUUCGAGGAGUUAGCCAGCACACGUUGCCACAUCUUUGCCGAGGAAGUACAGUCUCCUUUUUUUGAAGAAGCUAAGAAUUGGAUCUACGAAUCUGCUCGUUAGCGUAGCGUAUUGUGACCCUUCGAAUUCGAUUGGUUGUCUAUUUAGAAGAGGUUAGAAAAGAUAGGAGACGAUGAACGUGCCGACGAACGAGGAUCUUCUUGAGAUACCACCGAUCAAAUAUGAGUAUCUCGACCACACCGCUGACGUGCAAUUGCACGCGUGGGGCGACACCCUGGACGAGGCAUUUGAGCAAUGCGCGAUGGCAAUGUUCGGCUACAUGACGGACCUCGAGCGCGUGCAGGCCACGCAAGUUCACUACAUCGAGGCUGAGGGUGAUGAUAUGGAAAGUCUGCUUUUCCACUUCCUCGACGAGCUGCUCUAUAUGUUCAGUGCUGAGCCGUACAUAGUCGCCAAGAGGGUCAAGAUUACCGAAUUUGAUCGGCAAGGUUUUAAGAUCAAGGCGACCGCGUACGGCGAAGAGUUUACGAUCGGCAAGCACACGCAAGGCGCGGAGGUAAAAGCCAUCACGUACUCGGCGAUGCAGAUCCACGAGCGCCCGCAGGUGCAGCAGCCUGAAGUCUUCGUGAUCGUCGAUAUAUGAUAUAAUCCCCUGUUCACCGAUCGUACCGUACGCAUAACAUUCUGGCGACUCCCUCUGAGAACAGCGUGGGGAAAAAUAGCGUGGAAGAAAGGGGAUGACUUGGCUUGAACAGAGGGGAAGUUGAAGGAAAAAGUAGGGGGAGGCGGUCGAAGGGCAAGAAGGGAAACCGUAUGCCUCCCCUACGUAGGAUGCGAUCCUUUUGUACUUGCCCCGUAGGGUUCAAAUAAAUACGUUACGAAGAAUGCACCGGGCCUCCCUUCUUCUUGGCUCGACUUGACUCAGGCAUGUAUCAAGAUUACUCAGAUUCCCGGGAAAGCGCUAUGAAAAAGUAAGGGACCUGCUUAGAUAGACGUUUGUAAUAAGAAACGCGUACAACAGUUUAUUAUUGUAGAUAUUUUUCUACUUGCUGCUUAGCAUUGCUAUUACGAGCAAAUAUGAUUAGAAUCAUUGAGAGAAAAGUGCUUGAUAUUUGUGACUAUAAUUGUGGAUAAAAUAAUUAUGAUAGAUUAUUAUUAUUAUUAUUAUUUUAUUAUUUUAUAUAUAUAUAUACACACUGCUGUAAUGUUAGUAAUAAUAACUUGUGUUUAUAAUUCUAGGAAGUAUGAAAAAGUUUUACAAUAGAUUAUAAUUUCAACCAUAGUAAAAUAAUGAGAACUGGCAGGAAAAAAAAUUGUUAUACAUAAUAAUCACAAUUAAUGUAAUUACAUAAUUAUAGUGAAUAUAAUUAUUCUUUAAAAUGCAUUUGCCAUUUACGCAACUAUAACAACAGCUAUAAUUUGCAUGGUUAAAACAACUAUAAACAUAUAGUUGACACCGAAAAUGAUUAGGAGUUACAGUUGAAUUAUGAUAAUUGCAGCCGUUGUUUUUUCACCUAGUGCAGUAAAGCCCUUCUGCUCUGAAA